CUAAGCUUCCCGCCGCUCUGGCCGCGUCACCGGAAGUGUCUGUGGGCGGGGCAGCGCGGCCGGAAGUGUGUGCGCGGCGGGGCCAAGAUGGCGGCAGAGAUGGAGGCGAAGGGGUUCGAGCACAUGGGGCUGGACGGACGGCUGCUGAGGGCGGUGGCGGAGCUGGGCUGGGCAGUGCCCACGGCCAUCCAGGCCCGCGCCAUCCCGCUGGCCAUGGAGGGCCGGGACCUGCUGGCCCGGGCCAGGACGGGCUCGGGGAAAACGGGAGCGUACGGGCUGCCCCUGCUGCACAAACUGCUGGCCAUCAAAGAGGCGUCCCCAGCCGUGCCCCAGGCCGUGCGGGCGCUGGUGCUGGUGCCCUCGGCGGAGCUGGCACGGCAGGUGGGGCACACCCUGCGCCGCCUGGCCGCCUUCUGCUCCCGCCAGCUGCGCGUGGCCGAGCUCUGCGGCCACUCGGACCUCGCUGACCAGCGGCCGGUGCUGAUGGAGCAGCCGGACAUCGUGGUGGGCACUCCCGGCCGUGUCCUGGCACACGUGGCCGGGCACAGCCUGGCACUGCGGCCCUGGCUGGAGCUGCUGGUGCUGGACGAGGCCGACCUGCUGCUGUCCUUCGGCUUCGGGGACGACAUCCGCGCCCUGCUCUGCCACCUGCCCAAGAUCUACCAGGCCUUGCUGGUGUCGGCCACCCUGAACCCCGAGCUGGAGGCGCUGCAGGAGUUGGUGCUGCACAACCCCGUGCAGGUUGUGCCCCCAGAGCCCCGUCUCCCGGGCAGUUCCCAGCUGCAGCAGUUCCAGCUGCGCUGUGGCACGGAGGAGGACAAGUUCCUGCUGCUGGCUGCGCUGCUGAAGCUGCGGCUGCUGCGGGGCCGGGCGCUGCUCUUCGUGGGCAGCCUGGCCCGGGCAUUUAGGGUCAAACUCUUCCUGGAGCAGUUUGGGAUCGCUGCCUGCGCCCUCAACCCGCAGCUGCCCGCCCGCUCCCGGUGCCACGUCAUUGCCCAGUUUAACCGGGGUCUCUACGAUUACAUCGUGGCCACCGACGAGGAGGGGCCGGCGGAGCCCCCCCGGCACCGCCCGCGCAGGGGGGGCACGGCCAGGAAGGCUGACAAGAAGGACAAGAAGGGUGACAAGAAGGGACAGCCCCCCCAGUGUCCCCAGGACCCCGAGUUCGGGGUCUCUCGUGGCAUCGAUUUCCAGAACGUCGCCGCCGUCAUCAACUUCGAUGUCCCCAACUCGGUGGAGACCUACAUCCACCGCGUGGGCAGGACAGCCCGUGGGGACAGCCCUGGCACGGCGCUGACGCUGGCACUGCCCGACGAGCUCGAGGGGCUGCGGCACAUCGAGGACACGCUGGCAGCAGAGAACGGACAGUCCAUGCUGCAGCCCUACGAGUUCCGCAUGGAGGAGAUCGAGACGCUGCGGUACCGCUGCAGGGACGCCAUGCGUGCUGUCACCAAGCAGGCCGUGCGCGAGGCGCGGCUGCGGGAGCUGCGCCAGGAGCUGCUCAACUCCGAGAAGCUCAAGGUGUAUUUUGAGGACAAUCCCCGGGACCUGCAGGCGCUGAGGCACGACCGGCCCCUGCACCCGGCCAACGUGCAGCCACACCUGGGCCACGUGCCCGAGUACCUGGUGCCCCCCAGUCUCCGCGGCAUCGCCGACCCCAACCUCAAAAAGAGGAAAUGUCCCCGAGGGGCCGGGGCCCGGCGGGGGGGGAAGAAGCCCCGCGGCUCCGGGAAUCCCCUGCAGAGCUUCAGAUUCGCCCGGCGAGGGAACAAACGGGGGGCAGCGGGCACCCCCUGAGCCUGGCACCCCUGGGGGCACCCCCUGAGUGCCUGGCACACCUGGGGACACCCCCUGGGCCAGCCUGGGGACACUGGUGUCACCCUCUGAGCCCCUGGGCACACCCUGAGGUCACCCCCUGCUCCCCCUGGGGACCCGGCUGUGCCACCCCCUGUGCCAGCCUGGGGGCUCACCUGUCACCCCCUGUGCCACCCUGAGGCCACCACGGCCAUGCUGUGCCCCCCCCCCCGGGGGUUGGUGACAAAUAAAGGUGCCAAGGAGCCAC